GCGACGUGUGUCCGCCAUUUCAAAAAGCAAGGUAUCAAGCCCUGCUACCCCGUCCGGGAGUUUUCUCCAAAAUCCCGCGUAAAGGAAUCCGAAAGAGGGCAGUUGAGCUUGCACUGUAUAGAAAAUCAUCCUUUCCACAUUUCUGGAUGCAUUUUACGCUCAACGGAACCGAAUUUCACCUGUAAAUUUGUAAAUAGUUAGCGAGCUACAGGAGCCCGCUCAAACUACACAAGAAACCAUCAUGGAGUUUAGCGACGUGCGUUUCGAUCAUAUAUCGGAUUAUGUCCUCAAGACAAUGAAAUUAAAGGCCGAUAAAUGGGCAAAGCUACAAGGAAACGAAGAAUACAGACAGAUUAUUUUAGACUUUUUCGAAAAGCACGACCACAAUAGUUUGGUGAUCACUUUAUCAAGCGCCGCUCAGUUGGUACCGAGUUAUGAAUUUCCAACGAAUACCAAAAACAAAUCCGUCUACUAUAUCAAGAAAGAAAAGGGACUUAACAUCGGAAAAGACAAUUUUAAGAACGCAUUAAGUUAUGGUGACCUAUCUGCGUCUCCUUUGGAGCAGUUAUCUGUGCUUGUUGAGGAGAUACUUGUGCCUCUUCUCUCAAAUCCUCGUAACCAUGAGCAAUGGCCAGCCGUGGUGUCACAAGACGUCAUGCGACAUGUCCAUCAACUCAAGAGUAAUGUCUAUGUCAUUGCUGGUCAAGUGAAAGGCAAGACAUUACUUCCUCUGCCUGUAGGUUCGGAGCAGGUCUCUGAAGCUUGUGAAGCAGAAGAAAGGGGAGAGACUUUUGAUCGCAGCCUUGUGCACUCUAUAGAGUCUGUUAUCAUUGACUGGAGUCAUCAAAUACAAACUGUACUGAAAAGAAGUUCUGCUCAGCCCUUACUAGAAGGGACAAACCCUGGACCGCUGGUUGAACUGGACUUCUGGAAAGCCAGGGCUGCCAACUUAGAAUGCAUUUUUGAGCAGCUACAUGAUCCCAAAGUCAGAAGGAUGGCAGAGCUCCUAGAGAAGACACAAAGCAGCUAUUUUCCAGCAUUUAAAAAGAUCUUUAAGGAUGUUGUUGCUGCACUUGAUGAAGCCCGUGACAUCACACUUCACCUUAAGCCUUUACGUCGCCAGCUUGAAGACAUGGAACAGUACGAUUUCUCAGAACUGCACAAGAUCCUUCCAGCCAUUUUGCAUGUCUGUGGCCUGCUCUGGGCCAACUCCAAGUUCUAUUGCUCUGCCCCUAGAAUAAUUGUGCUUCUUCAGGAACUUUGCAAUAUGAUCAUAGAAAUGGCAAGGACCUACUUAGACCCUGCUGAAAUCUUCAAGUCAGAGAUAGAGGAAGCCUAUGAGAAGGUUAGGAAGGCCAUUGAGAAUUGCAUGCUGUUCAGAGACACAUUUGAGGAGAACAGGAAGACUAUUUCCAAGUUCUUCGCAGAAGGUACUGAAGUCAAGCCAUGGGAGUUUGCCAGCGAGAUUGUGUUCACUCGCCUUGACAAGUUUGUCGAGAGACUGCGAGUAGUAGAGGAUGUGUUUGCCACUGCAAUGGAGUUUGGCAAACUAGAGAAGGUUGAGAUUGCUGGUAUCAAGGGAAAGAUGCUAAGCCAUCAGGUUGUGGAGAUCUUCGAGGAGUUCAAUGAACUCUUUGCUGUCUUCAGCAAUAGUACUUAUGAUGCACUUGAAGCUACCAACAAGGAGUUUGUUGAUGACUUUAACCAGUUCCGAGAGAGAGUGGCUGAUCUGGACAGACGGCUGGCUUCAAUAGUUUGUCAGGCAUUUGAUGACUGUGCGAGCACAGAAUCAGCACUCAAGCUGCUAGAUUGCCUGGGGUCUCUCCUGGAUAGACCGCUCAUCCAUGCAGACUUUGAACACAAGUACCCCAUCCUCCUUAGAAUGUUUGAGAAAGAGCUUGACCAAGCCAAAGUCAUAUAUGACCAGCAAAUGGAGUGCGCUCAGGCAGAGGGAGCAGCACCAAUUAACAAAAACAUGCCUAAUGUUGCAGGCUCCUUAAAAUGGUCCAGUGAGCUUAAAGAGAGAAUCACAAAGCCCAUGCAGGCUCUCAAAUUGUCUUUGAAUCAUGGAACACUCGAGACAGCAGAGGCUAUGAUCAUUUUCAACAAGUAUGAUGAGAUGAAUAAACUGCUAGAUAGCCAUGACGAGAAGAUCUACCAGAGCUGGACAGAGGGAGUUGGUAACAUCGCGCAACAGAAUCUGGACAAACCACUAAUCGUCCGUGACCCUAACACCAAACUUAUCAAAGUGAACUUCGAUCCUAAGCUGGUCUCAGUUCUUCGUGAAGUAAAGUAUUUAGAAGUGGCCAGUAACGAGACACUGGAAGCCAUCCCAGAGAGUGCUACAGCUAUCUUUGCACGCAACGAGACCUUCCACAAGUUCUGUGCUAAUUUGGACUUGACAGUGGCUUGGUACAACAAGGUCCGCGAGACUCUACUUGAUGUUGAGUUCCCACUGGUGGAAUCACAACUUGUGGCCAUUGAUACACAGCUUGAACAGGCUGAGAAGAGUUUAAACUGGAAUAGCGAUGGUGUGUGGGAAUACAUCGAAAAGACGAGAGACAUGGUGCACGAUCUAGAGAAGCGAGUCCAGGCCGCCAAGGACAACAUAGAGGCCAUGAACCAGUUGAUGACCAAGUGGUCGGAGGCGCCUCUCUUUGAGAGGAAAGAAGCUAAGAAAGAAGGUCUUCUCAACUUGGAGGAGCGUGAGACGAUAACAAACAAACGCUACGCCAUGAUAACACAGUCUGGAGAGAAGAUACACAAGCUACUAAAGAAUAACCUGGAGCUGUUCCAAGCCGAUGCUGACACUGACAUGUGGCGAGCAUAUGUGGACUCCAUCGACGACAUGGUGCUAGACGGCUUCUUCAACUGCAUCCAUUGCUCCCUCAACUAUCUAUUAGAGCACACAGACCUCAAGCACAACGCCAACGCGCUAUUUGAAGCCAAACUAGAGUUGCAUCAGCCUGACAUGGUCUUCAUACCUUCUCUUGACUUCGGAGUAACUGCUGGCUUCUACGAUCUGGUCGAAGGCAUUGUGAGUGACAUCUACAAAAUGGCUUCGCUCGUGAAAAGACUCGCAGAGCACAAUGAAUCCGAGCACUAUGAAGCUGAUGUAGAAGACAUGCUAGACUUGUCCGAGAUGCGCCAGGACUUGAUGGAUCGCGUGAAUGGAAUAAUGAAUAAAGCUAACGAGUACCGCAGCUCGUUUGACAGCUAUUCGUACUUGUGGCUGGAUGACAGGAAUGAAUUUAUGCGACAGUUCCUGCUCUACAAUCAUGUGCUCACUGCCGAAGAGAUCGAGGCGCACACAGAGGAGGGCGUUCCCGAGUCACCUCCCACUCUGGAACAGUUCAAGGACCAGAUCGACACUUACGAGAAGCUUUACACUGAGGUGGAUGAAGUGGAUGGUACCAACAUCUUUGACACAUGGUUCCGCGUGGAUGCACGUCCCUUCAAGCAAGCCCUGCUUAACAUCAUCAAGCGUUGGAGCUACAUGUUUAAGCAGCAUCUCAUCGACCACGUCACCAACAGCCUUAAUGACCUCGCUGGGUUUAUCAAGGUUGCUGAUGUUGGUCUUACUCAGACUGUAGAGGAAGGUGACUACAACGGCUUGGUGGCUGUCAUGGGUCAUCUUAUGGCAGUCAAGGACAGACAGUCUGCCACGGAUGAGAUGUUCGAGCCCCUGAAACAAACAAUUGAAUUACUCAAAACGUACGGUCAAGAGAUGCCCGAGGAAGUUCAUACCCAACUGCAGGAGCUCCCGGAGCAAUGGAACAACUCAAAGAAGAUCGCAGUAACCGUCAAGCAACAGGUUGCACCCCUCCAGGCGUCCGAGGUCGCGAUCAUCCGAAGGAAAUGUGGACAAUUCGAUAUCAAGCAACACGAGUUCCGAGAGGAUUUCCGCAAGACUGCUCCAUUCGCCUUCAACUCUGAGGAUGUGUACGAUCGUCUAGAUAAGUCUAACCGGGAGAUCUGCGCCAUGGAGGAAGAGAUGAAUGCCCUGUCCGAGUCCGCUGGUCUCUUUGAAGUCAACUUCCCCGAUUACAAACAGCUCCGUGCUUGUCGACGAGAGGUCAUUCUCCUCAAGCAACUUUGGGACAUGAUCUUUGUGGUGUUGACCAGCAUUGAGGAGUGGAAGUUUACGCCUUGGGCAGAGAUCGAUGUUGAGAACAUGGAGAUGGAGUGCAAGAGGUUUGUCAAGGAGAUCCGAUCACUUGAUAAGGAGAUGCGCGCAUGGGACGGCUUCACAGGGCUUGACUCGACCGUCAAGAACAUGGUCACCUCUCUGCGUGCUGUAGGUGAGCUGCAGAAUCCUGCCAUUCGAGAGCGCCAUUGGCAGCAACUCAUGCAGGCCACUAAGGUAAAGUUCGUCAUGGAUGAUGAUACAACACUUGCCGACCUUCUCGCCCUUAACCUGCACAACUUCGAAGAUGAGGUGCGUGGAAUCGUGGACAAGGCCACCAAGGAGCUGGGUAUGGAAAAAGUCUUGAAGGAGCUUGAUGUUACCUGGUCACAGAUGGAAUUCGAACACGAGGAACACGUGAGAACACACAUCCCUCUGCUCAAGUCAAGCGAAGAGCUUAUUGAGACGCUGGAGGAUAACCAGGUCCAACUUCAGAAUCUGAUGACGUCUAAGUACAUUGGUCACUUCCUGGAAGAGGUCACGUCAUGGCAGAAAAAGCUCUCCACCGCAGACUCCGUCAUUACCAUCUGGUUUGAGGUACAGCGCACCUGGUCUCAUUUGGAAAGCAUCUUCAUUGGCUCUGAGGAUAUCAGGAACCAACUACCCGAAGACUCCAAGCGAUUUGACGGCAUUGAUGUUGACUUUAAGGAACUUACCAACGAGGGAGCGAAGAUUCCGAACGUUGUUGAAUGCUGUAACCGCCCUGGGCUUUUCGAGAAACUGGAGAACCUGCAAGAAAGACUGUCUCUUUGUGAAAAGGCUCUUGCCGAGUACCUAGAGACUAAGCGUCUGGCAUUUCCGCGAUUCUACUUCGUUUCAUCGGCAGAUCUGCUCGACAUCCUCUCCAACGGAAACCAACCUGUUGAGGUCGCUCGCCACUUGUCCAAACUGUUUGAUAACAUGGCGAGGCUGAAGUUCAAAGAAGACGACGCCGGUAACGUUACCAAAGAUGCGGUCGGCAUGUACAGUAAGGAGGGAGAGUACGUGGAAUUUGACUCCGUCUGUGACUGCGAUGGCCAGGUUGAGAUCUGGUUAAACCGUGUGAUGGACCGCAUGCGUGCCACUGUGCGCAAGGAGCAGUCCGAAUCCGUGGUCUCGUAUGAGGAGAAGCCCAGAGAGCAAUGGCUGUUUGACUUUCCGGCCCAGGUGGCGCUAUGCGGGACUCAGAUCUGGUGGACUACCGAGGUGGGCAUUGCCUUCGGUCGCCUGGAAGAGGGUUACGAAAACGCUAUCAAGGACUACUACAAGAAACAGGUUUCACAGCUCUCAACCCUUAUCAACAUGUUGAUCGGCGAUCUCAGCAAGGGAGACCGCCAAAAAAUCAUGACCAUCUGUACCAUCGAUGUGCACGCUCGAGAUGUCGUUGCCAAACUCAUCCAGCAGAAAGUUGAUAGCGCGCAGGCGUUCUUGUGGCUUAGUCAAUUACGUCAUCGCUGGGAUGAUCAGCAGUCUCACUGCUUCGCCAACAUCUGUGAUGCGCAGUUCAAGUAUUCUUAUGAGUACUUGGGAAACACGCCUCGAUUGGUUAUCACGCCAUUGACUGACAGGUGCUACAUUACCUUGACCCAGUCUCUCCAUCUCACGAUGAGCGGUGCUCCCGCGGGGCCUGCUGGGACGGGCAAGACUGAGACCACCAAGGAUCUCGGUCGUGCACUAGGCAUUAUGGUGUAUGUGUUCAACUGCUCCGAGCAGAUGGACUACAAGUCUUGUGGUAACAUCUACAAAGGACUGUCCCAGACCGGAGCCUGGGGAUGUUUUGACGAGUUCAACCGGAUCUCGGUAGAGGUUUUAUCUGUGAUCGCUGUGCAAGUCAAGUCCAUCCAGGAUGCCAUUAGAGACAAAAAAGAGCGCUUCAUCUUCCAGGGCGAGGAUAUCUGUCUUGUACCCACUGUAGGCUUGUUUAUCACUAUGAAUCCGGGUUACGCCGGCAGAACUGAGUUGCCUGAAAACCUCAAGGCUCUUUUCCGACCAUGCGCUAUGGUGGUGCCCGACUUCGAGCUGAUUUGUGAGAUCAUGUUGGUGGCAGAAGGCUUCCUAGAAGCCCGUGGGCUCGCGCGCAAGUUUAUCACCCUGUACUCGCUUUGCAAAGAACUCCUCUCCAAGCAGGACCACUACGAUUGGGGUCUCAGGGCGAUCAAAUCCGUCCUCGUGGUGGCUGGAUCCCUCAAAAGAUCAGACCGACAGAGACCUGAAGACCAGGUGCUCAUGAGAGCGCUUCGUGACUUUAACAUUCCUAAGAUCGUAACGGAUGAUGUACCUGUGUUUAUGGGUCUUAUCGGCGAUCUCUUCCCUGCCUUGGAUGUGCCCAGAAAGAGAGAUCCUGACUUUGAGGCUCUGGUCAAGAAGUCUGUCACAGAUCUCAAACUACAGCCUGAAGACAGCUUCAUUCUAAAGAUCGUGCAGUUGGAGGAGCUCCUGGCUGUGCGCCACUCUGUGUUCGUGCUCGGACCUGCAGGUACGGGAAAGACACAGGUCAUUCGAUCACUCAACAAGACCUACAUGAACCAGAAGCGCAAGCCCAUGAUGUUCGAUCUGAAUCCGAAAGCCGUGACGGCCGACGAGCUGUUUGGGUUCAUCAACCCCGCCACUCGUGAAUGGAAAGAUGGGCUCUUCUCCACUAUUAUGAGGGACUUGUCCAACAUCGCUUCUGAUUCACCCAAGUGGAUUGUACUGGAUGGUGAUAUUGACCCUAUGUGGAUCGAGUCCCUUAACACUGUCAUGGACGACAACAAAGUCCUUACCCUCGCUAGUAAUGAGCGAGUGCCCCUAACCCCCUCCAUGAGACUUCUCUUUGAGAUUGGUCACCUUAAAACGGCCACGCCCGCUACUGUGUCCCGUGCCGGAAUCUUGUUCUUGAACUUUGCAGACGUCGGCUGGAAUCCUUACGUGUCCAGUUGGAUCGACACCCGCGAGGUUCAGUCGGAAAAAGCCAACCUGCAAAUAUUGUUUGACAAGUACGUACCGGUUUGCCUAGAUCUACUGAGGGUCAGGUUCAAGAAGAUCACGCCCAUUCCUGACAUCACCAUGGUAACGACGUUGUGUUAUCUGCUUGAGUGCCUGCUUACGCCGGCUAACACCCCACCAGACUGCAACAAGGAGUUGUAUGAGCUAUACUUUGUUUUCGCCGCUGUGUGGGCUUUUGGUGGAGCUAUGUUCCAGGAUCAGCUUGUUGACUACCGUACGGAGUUCUCUAAAUGGUGGGUGACCGAAUUCAAGACCAUCAAGUUCCCCUCUGCCGGAACAGUUUUCGACUACUACAUCGACUCCGAGACCAAGAAAUUCGUGCCCUGGACUGACAAGGUCCAGAAGUUUGAGCUUGACCCCGAGGUCCCCCUCCAAGCCGUCCUCGUCCACACCGCAGAGACCACACGUGUUCGCUUCUUUAUGGAUCUUCUGAUGGAGAAUAGACGUCCAGUCAUGCUGGUCGGUGGUGCCGGUACAGGCAAGACGGUCUUGGUCAAUGACUAUUUCCAGUCACUGGACCCAGAUGUGUCCAUGGUUGGUAACGUACCUUUUAACUACUACACGACCUCGGCCAUGUUGCAGCAGGUUCUGGAAAAGCCACUGGAGAAGAAGGCGGGGCGAAACUAUGGUCCACCAGGGAACAAAAAGCUGAUCUACUUUAUUGAUGAUAUGAACAUGCCUAUGGUUGAUACAUACGGCACUGUGCAACCUCACACUCUGAUCCGACAACAUCUGGACUACAGCCAUUGGUUCGACAGGACCAAGCUCACUCUCAAAGACAUUCGCAACACGCAGUACAUCGCGUGUAUGAACCCUACUGCGGGUAGCUUCACUAUCAACCCUCGACUUCAGCGUCAUUUCGCGGUGUUUGCUAUCAGUUUCCCCGGACUGGACGCUCUGAAGACUAUCUACCUUAGCAUCUUAAACGGUCACAUGAAGGUCCACAACUUCGCGUCCGCCGUAAGCAAGUUCACAGAGAAAGUGACAGACGCUGCGCUGGCCAUGAACCAAAAGGUCACAAGUACCUUUCUGCCGACCGCCAUCAAGUUUCACUACGUGUUCAACCUUAGAGAUCUGUCAAACAUCUUCCAGGGCAUUCUCUUCGCCACACACGAGUGUAUAAAGACUCCCGUGGACUUCGCUCGCCUUUGGAUGCAUGAGUGUAAUCGUGUGUACCGCGAUAAGCUCAUUGAUGACAAGGACAUGGAGGUCUUUGACAAGAUUCAGAUAGACAUGACCAAGAAAUUCUUUGAAGAACUUGACGAAGAAGCGAUGUAUGCCAAGCCGAACAUGUUCAGUCACUUUUCGUCUGGUAUCGGUGAGCCCAAGUACCUGGCCGUCCCUGACUGGGAAGUUCUAAGCAAGCUGUUGACGGAGGCUCUGGAAAACUACAACGAAGUCAACGCGGUCAUGAACUUGGUGCUCUUUGAGGACGCUAUGCAGCAUGUGUGUCGUAUUAACCGUAUCCUGGAGUCCCCUCGUGGCAACGCCCUAUUGGUUGGCGUGGGUGGUAGCGGGAAGCAGAGUUUGGCUCGUUUGGCGGCAUUCAUCAGUGCACUGGAAGUGUUCCAGAUCACACUGAGGAAGGGUUACGGUAUCCCAGACAUGAAGCUUGAACUUGCCAAUCUGUGCACCAAAGCCGGUCUCAAAAACAUCGGCACAGUCUUCCUGCUAACAGACGCCCAGGUCCCGGAAGAGAAUUUCCUUGUCUUGAUUAACGACCUACUAGCUUCCGGUGAGAUCCCGGGGCUCUACCCAGAUGACGAGGUGGAGAAUAUCAUUUCGGGCGUGCGCAAUGAGGUGAAGGGCGCUGGCCUGCAGGAUACGCGGGAGAACUGCUGGAUGUUCUUUAUAGAACGCGUGCGCAGGAACCUGAAGGUGGUGCUUUGCUUCUCCCCUGUGGGUGCAACCCUGCGCGUGCGCAGUCGUAAGUUCCCUGCCGUCACCAACUGCACGGCUAUCGAUUGGUUCCACGAGUGGCCACAGGAGGCGUUAGUAUCCGUCAGCAGGCGGUUUAUCGAGGACCUAGAGCAGCUUGAAGCGGAGUACAAACCGCCCGUGGCGGAAUUCAUGUCAUACGUACAUACUAGCGUGAACGAGGAAAGCCAGAUGUACCUUGCCAACGAGCGGCGCUAUAACUACACCACACCCAAGAGUUUUCUCGAACAGAUCAAUUUGUACCGUAACUUGCUGAAAAAGAAAUCUAAAGAGCUGACACAAAAGACAGAGCGUCUCGAAAACGGUCUCCUCAAACUGCAGAGCACCGCGCAACAAGUAGACGACCUGAAGGCUAAGCUAGCUUCACAGGAAGUGGAGUUAAAACAAAAGAACGAGGACGCAGAUAAACUCAUCCAAAAAGUCGGCGUAGAGACCGAGAAAGUCAGCAAGGAGAAGGCAAUUGCCGAUGACGAGGAGAAAAAAGUGCAGGUGAUUGCCAAAGAUGUGAGUGAGAAACAGAGAUCGUGCGAGGAAGAUCUAGCCAAGGCAGAGCCUGCGCUGCUGGCUGCUCAAGAAGCUUUGAACACGCUGAACAAGGGCAACUUGACUGAGUUGAAGUCUUUUGGCUCCCCUCCUGGUGCUGUAGUUAACGUUUGUUCUGCAGUCAUGGUACUCUUGGCUCCUGCAAACAAGAUCCCCAAAGACCGUAGCUGGAAGGCUGCUAAGAUCAUGAUGGGGAAGGUGGAUGCAUUCUUGGACCAACUGAUCAACUAUGACAAGGAAAACAUCCACGAGAGCAACCUGAAGGCCGUACAGCCGUACCUGGACAACCCCGAGUUCGAACCUGACUUUAUCAAGGGCAAGUCUUUAGCCGCUGGCGGUAUCUGCGCGUGGGUAAUCAACAUUGUCCAGUUUUACUACAUCUUCUGCGAUGUCGAGCCCAAGAGGAAGGCUCUCGAGGCGGCGAACGCUGAGCUGGCAGCUGCCGAAGAAAAGCUGUCAAAGAUCAAAGCAAAGAUCCAAGAGCUUGAUGAGAACUUAGCAGAACUCACCGCGAACUUCGAGAGAGCCACGUCCGAGAAGCUGAAAUGUCAACAGGAAGCUGAGUCCACUGCGAAGACCAUCGAGCUUGCGAACAGGCUUGUGGGUGGUCUAGCCUCUGAGAACGUGCGUUGGGGAGAGUCAGUAAAGAGCUUUAAGGAGCAGGAGAAGACGCUCCCCGGAGACGUGUUGUUGACCACCGCGUUCGUGUCUUAUCACGGGUGCUUCACUAGACGGUACAGGGAUAACCUCUUGAAUGACAAAUGGCUGGUCUUCCUUGCUUCGCAAAACCCGAAGAUUCCAAUUACGGAGGGACUAGACCCUCUCAGCCUUCUGACUGACAAUGCCACGAUCGCUACAUGGAACAACGAGAACCUCCCGGCCGACCGAAUGUCUACCGAGAACGCUACGAUCUUGACGAACUGUGAGCGAUGGCCGCUGAUGAUUGAUCCUCAGCUGCAAGGUGUUAAAUGGAUCAAGACGAGAGAAGGAAACGACCUACGAAUCGUCAGACUCGGCCAGAAAGGAUACUUGGACACAAUUGAACGCGCGGUGUCUAAUGGCGAGUGCGUGUUGAUUGAGAACAUGGGCGAAAAUGUGGAUCCCGUGCUUGAUGCCCUGAUUGGACGAAACACCAUCAAGAAAGGACGAGCCAUAAAGAUGGGUGACAAGGAGGUGGAGUAUCAUGCCGACUUCCGCAUGAUCCUACAUACCAAACUAGCGAACCCGCAUUACAAACCUGAGAUGCAGGCCCAGACCACUCUCAUCAACUUCACGGUCACACGAGAAGGCCUGGAGGAUCAGCUUCUAGCAGACGUCGUCAGCAAGGAGAGACCUGAUCUCGAGGAGACAAAGGCCAAGUUGACACAACAACAAAACGCCUUCACCAUCAAACUGAAAGAACUCGAGGACUCCCUUCUCGCCCGUCUAUCCGCCGCUGGCGGUAACUUCCUGGGAGACUACGCUCUUGUGGAGAAUCUCGAGAUAACUAAACGCACAGCCGCCGAGAUUGAGGUCCAAGUAACGGAGGCCAAGCAGACAGAGAUCAAGAUUAACGAUGCGCGUGAGGCCUACAGACCGGCCGCUGCCAGGGCGUCACUUCUUUAUUUCAUCUUGAAUGACCUGAACAAGAUCAACCCUAUGUAUCAGUUCUCACUCAAGGCGUUUAGUGUGGUAUUCCAGAAGGCUAUCGAGCGCGCAGAACCGGCUGAGGAAGUAAAAGCACGUGUCGUCAACCUUAUCGACUGCAUCACCUAUUCGGUGUUCAUCUACACCACACGUGGUCUGUUUGAGAAGGAUAAGAUCAUCUUCACAGCUCAAGUCGCAUUCCAGGUGCUGUUGAUGAAGAAGGAGAUCAUCCCUCACGAACUGGACUUCCUGCUACGCUUCCCCGCCGUCAUGAACGUCACGAGUCCUGUGGACUUCCUGAGUAACCUUAGCUGGGGAGGCAUCAAGGCUCUGAGUAACAUGGAAGAGUUCCGUAACCUCGAUCGCGACAUCGAGGGGUCGGCCAAGCGCUGGAAGAAGUUUGCAGAGAGCGAAUGCCCCGAGAAGGAGAAAUUCCCGCAGGAAUGGAAGAACAAGACUGCACUUCAAAAGCUAUGCAUGAUGCGCGCACUUAGACCAGACAGAAUGACUUACGCCGUCAGUAAUUUCGUGGAGGAGAAACUUGGACACAAGUACGUCGAAGACGCGCCUACACCUUUCGCCAUGUCUUUUGAGGAGAGUGGUCCCGCGACUCCCAUCUUCUUCAUUCUCUCACCUGGGGUGGAUCCCUUGAAGGACGUUGAAGCACACGGCAAAAAGAUAGGCUUCACCUUUGACGCGAAGAACUUCCACAACGUCUCACUUGGCCAGGGUCAAGAAAUUGUUGCUGAACAGUGUCUAGACUUGGCCGCUAAGGAGGGCCACUGGGUCAUCUUACAGAAUGUACAUCUUGUAAAGAACUGGCUCCCUAAGCUCGAGAAGAAACUCGAAGCUUUUAGCGAGGGAAGUAAUCCAGACUACCGUGUGUACAUUUCCGCCGAGCCCGCAGGCACACCAGAUGCCCAUAUUAUCCCGCAAGGAAUCCUGGAGACGUCAAUCAAAAUUACUAACGAACCGCCCACUGGCAUGAUGGCAAACUUGCAUAAGGCACUCAACAACUUCAACCAGGACACACUUGAAAUGUGUGCUCGUGAGAAUGAGUUCAAGAGCAUUCUUUUCUCGCUGUGCUACUUCCACGCCGUAGUGGCGGAAAGACGAAAGUUUGGUCCGCAAGGAUGGAAUCGCUCUUACCCGUUCAACACCGGCGACUUGACCAUCAGCGUGGAUGUGUUGUAUAACUACUUGGAGGCCAACGCCAAGGUGCCGUGGACAGACCUGCGUUACCUGUUUGGCGAGAUCAUGUACGGAGGUCACAUUACGGAUGAUUGGGACAGACGUCUCUGUAAGACCUACCUGGAGGAGUACAUGAAACCUGAAAUGCUUGAAGGUGAACUGAAUCUCGCUCCCGGCUUCCCGUUACCCCCCAACUCGGACUUCAAGGGCUAUCACCUGUACAUAGACGAGACACUACCGCCAGAAAGUCCCUACUUGUACGGCCUGCAUCCCAACGCCGAGAUCGGCUUCCUCACCACCACCUCGGACAACCUGUUCCGUACCCUGCUAGAGAUGCAGCCGCGAGAUGCCGGCGGCGGGGAGGGAGCCUCGCAGACACGAGAGGAAAAGGUGAAGCAAGUGUUGGAUGACAUCUUCGAGAAGCUUCCAGAAGAGUUUAACGUGCCUGAGAUGAUGGCGCGUGUCGAAGACCGCACCCCAUACACCGUGGUCGCGUUCCAGGAGUGUGAGCGAAUGAAUAUGCUCACCAACGAGAUGAAGACGUCGCUCAAACAGCUUGACCUCGGUUUAAAGGGUGAGCUGACCAUCACGUCUGAAAUGGAAGACUUGUCCAAUGCUCUUUUCCUGGAUGACGUCCCUGAGUCAUGGACACGCCGCGCCUACCCGUCCAUGUUCGGCUUAGCCGCGUGGUUCGUCGAUCUUCUGUUGCGUAUCAAGGAACUGGAACAGUGGACAUCCGACUUCUGCCUACCUAACGUGGUCUGGCUUUCAGGAUUCUUCAAUCCUCAGUCUUUCUUGACCGCCAUCGAACAAUCCAUGGCGCGUAAGAACGAGUGGCCUCUGGACAAGAUGGCCCUCCAAGUGGACGUCACCAAGAAGAACAAGGAGGACUUUAACAGUCCACCGCGUGAGGGGGCCUACGUUCAUGGGCUGUUCAUGGAGGGAGCGCGCUGGGAUACUCAGACAGGCAUGAUCGCGGACUCCAAGCUCAAGGAUCUCACCCCUGCAAUGCCCGUCAUGUUCAUCAGAGCUAUUCCAGUCGACAAACAGGACACUAAGAACGUCUACGAGUGCCCCGUCUACAAGACCCGACAGCGUGGCCCCACUUACGUAUGGAACUUCUUCCUUAAGACAAGAGAGAAUCCUUCCAAGUGGACACUAGCCGGCGUUGCGUUGCUUCUAAGCUCGUAAAUCCCAUUCAUCACCUCGGCCUGUACGGUUUUAUAGUAUUUAUUUUAUUUAUACGGCGAGGUCUUUUGGUGGAGUCACCAUGAAUUCUUGUGUGAACGUGUUACCUAUUUUAAGGAGUGGAUUCUAGAACAGUAUUCAAAUGCUAUCAGAGGAAGAUCAUUUUUAUUCAACGUACAUGUCUACCAGACAAUAGUAACAUUACAUACUCAACAAUGAGAAGCUCAGAUUACUUCUCCGACUACUUUUUGUUGAUUCAAAUUGUUUGACUUACAUAGUUCUAUUGUUUUUUUUGACCGUGUUUUGUAGUUAUUUUUUUAUAGAUUUUCCCUCAUAGCAAAAAAAAAAAAAUAACGAAAAAGACUUUGGUGAAAGAAAAGAUUUAGCAACAAUUUGCAAUAAAAUUGAAAUAAUAAUU